AUGGCCACGCAACCAGCCAACGCAGCGGCCACGCAACCGGUGGAUGCAGUAGUUAUACAACUGGCCAACAACUCGCAACCGGACAGAGGUGCGAGUUGGUUAAAGGAUUUUAGACGAUGCCUCGAUGAACAUAAGGUGACGUGUGCGACGUAUGUAUUACAAAAAGAUGCAGAAGUGUGGUGGUCGGAUAAUAAACAGAGUAUCAACCCGAGUGAGGGGAUUACAACGUGGGAAACCUUUAAGGAAGCCUUUCUGAAGUAUUAUUAUCCAAAGGAAACCCGUAUAAAGAAACAACAAGAGUUUAACCAUUUAACCCAAGGUGAUCACACGGUGGAUCAGUAUGAUCAGGAAUGCAUGAGACUAAGAAGGUUUGCACCGUCAUUAGCAGACACUGAAGAGAAACAGAUAGAGAAAUUUGUGUUGGGGUUGAACUCGAAGAUCCGCCGCAUGUUGGAGACUUUUAACCCAAAAACUUAUGAAGAGGCCUUGAGGACGGCCAAGGCCGUAGAGAAACCUCUGGAGGAGAAAAAACUGGAGCUAACGGUUGUCACAGGAAAGAAACGUCCUAUCGAGGCCGGACCCACAGAAUUCCAACCACCGCUCUAG